UUUAAUUAAAGAUGGUGGUAUUCCCGCUAGGAAAACUCCUUUAUCUGGGAAUGAAGCAAGUCACUAAACCUAUAGCAAACCAGCUUAAAUCAACUGCCAAGAGAAGCGAGUUCUUCCGCAGAUAUAUCUGUAUCCCUCCCGCUCAAGGACUACACAGAUUAGAAAUGUUUGUCAAAUUUAGACUAAUGGGUGCCAAGGGGUCUGUUGAAUUCAAGCCCCUCAGUCAAGAAAAAGCUGUAGAUUUAGGGGCCGAGAUGCUUGGAGAGUUUUUUAUAUACAUGACGGCAGCUAGCUAUAUAGUCUAUGAAUACUGGAAAGGAAUACAGAAAGAUAAGGAGAGAGACAGCACUCAGGAUGAGCAGGGGACGUCUCUCGAUUUAUUGGAAGAGAGAAUGAGAGCUAUAGAAAAUGAGUUGAAAAAAAUGUCUGAACAGUUAAAUGAAACAAAGAGAGAGGCGACGAGACAGACAGAGAAAAUAGAUCCUAAAAAGAAAUAA